CGCAAAGUUCGCUUGAAAAAACCUUUCGUUACUAUGUUUAUAUACGUAACCAUACUAAUAAAACUAGCAAUCGCGUUAGUAAAACAAUUUAUUAGAGAUGCGAUAGUUCAAUACAGUCCCGGAAUUGAACGGCCGAUCGUGCAAGUACGGCAGGGUAAGGUGCAAGGAGCAACGGGCCGACUAUCAAAUGGAAGGCCCUAUAGUUACUACAAGGGAAUUCCUUACGCGAAACCACCGGUAGGAGAGCUGCGUUUUCGGCCACCAGAGCCACUGGAUCGAUUCGAUAAGCCUGUGAUAAAGUGUUUGAUUGAUAAGACUGAUUUCAUUCAACCACACGUACUGUUUAAGUCGUUGGUAACUGGGAGCGAAGAUGCACUUUAUUUAAAUGUAUACUCGCCGGCUGUGUCGCAUUUGGAGGAGAAUAAAUUCCCUGUCAUGGUAUAUAUUCAUGGUGGUGGCCUUGAGCAUGGCACGGCAAGCAGUUUCGUGUACGAUCCACAGUACAUGGUCAUGCAAGGCGUUAUAGUCGUCACUUUGUUUUACCGGCUGGGUCCUUUUGGUUUUUUGUGCCUCCCGAGUGCAGAAGUUUAUGGCAACUUUGGAUUGAAAGAUCAACGGCUGGCCCUGAAUUGGGUUCAAGAAAACAUUAACAAGUUUGGAGGAGAUCCAGAAAAUGUGACCCUGUUUGGAGAAAGUGCCGGAAGUUGGUCAACAUAUUUGCAUUACUUGUCACCAAAUUCAAGAAAAUAUUUCCAUCGUGUCAUUUGUCAAAGUGGUGACGCAUGUACUGAAUCUGCUUUUCAAAUAGAUUCUGCAUGCAAAGCACGCAAAUUGGCACGGUUGAUGGGUUACAGAGGAAACUCAGAUAUAGAAGUGAUAGAUAUUCUAAGAAAAGCGCCUGCCCGUUUGAUUGCCAAAUAUCAAUUGGAAUGUAAUAGUAACCAAGAGAGGGGAUUCCCACUGAAAUUUCCAUUCAGGCCGGUUAUCGAGGAGCACAUCUGUGAGGAUACUAUUAUAAGUCAAUCGCCGGAGAUAUUGUUGAAGUCAUUUGAUACCAUCCAGAUGCCUAUAAUCAAUGGAUAUUUGAGUAAUGAAGGAAUCCUAGGACUUAAGUUAAACAGGCACAGAUUGAAUCAGUUCCAUCAAAAUCCAGAAUGGCUGGUGCCACAACUGAUGGGUCAUCCAGUUGGCUUGAAUAGGACUGUUGUUGGCGACCAAGUGAAGCAAUUCUACUUUGGUAACAAGUCAAUCGGUCUUCAAACAGUAAAUGAAAUAACUGAUCUCUUUUCCGACCAUACCUUUAUCACUACAUCCAAUUUGAGUGCCGAAUGGUUGGCAAAGUAUCAACCAAAUGCGGAGCAAUAUCAUUACGUGUUUUCUUAUGUAGGUAGACUCAACUUUACAAAAUCGUUAUACAACGCCAAUAGUUUACAUGGUGCUUCGCACGGUGAUGAUUGUUUUUAUCUUUUUAACUCUGCCUUUCUACCACAACUGUCGGAAGAGGAUGAAGCAAGCAAAAUGAGGCAAACUGUUGUAAGGCUGUGGACCAACUUUGCAAAAUACGGUAAUCCGACACCGGAUUGUGAUAGCUCAAAUUUCAAAUGGUUGCCAGUGAAGAAGAUAAAUCCGGAAUCUACGAACUUUGAUUUAGAUUGUUUGGACAUUACGUCAAAAGUGAGGAUGAUUCGAAAUCCAUUCCAGGAAAGGAAGGAAUUUUGGAGAAGCAUGAUAAAAAAGUAUACCAAUUAUUUGUGAUAUGAAA